AUGGAUUUCGUAGUAGAAAUGCCAAAGGAGAAAUCAGGAUUCCGUAACGUAUUGGUAGUCGUGGACCGUUUUACGAAAAUGGCUCACUUCAUUCCAAUGACGGGAAUCAACGCGGAACAGACCGCUAACGCCUUUGUCAAGGACAUUUGGCGCUUUCACGGACUUCCUAGGAGCAUUGUCUCUGAUAGGGGAACACAGUUCGUAUCGGCAUUCUGGGCUGCGAUUACAAAACGACUAGGGAUUCGUAGAAGACUCUCGACCUCGUUCCACCCACAGACGGAUGGACAAACAGAAAAGACCAACCAGCACCUCGAAUCCUACAUCCGGGCCUAUACCGCCGGAACAGGAAAGAGAUGGAAGGACCUACUACCGAUUUGCGAGUAUGCAUAUAAUAAUGCGAAACACUCGUCGACAGGACAAUCGCCGUUCUACUGUAACUAUGGUUUCCACCCACGAACAGAUUGGCCAACGGAUGUAGAAAUCGGACAGCUGGAUGCCAAGGGAAGCACCUACCUGGAAGACCUUCUCCUAGCCCAUGAGUCGGCGAGAGACACGCUACAGAAGACCUUUGACAGGAUGGCGUCAAGGCCAGGGCCAGCAGUUCAGCGGUUCACAAUCGGUCAAAAGGUUUUGCUGGAUACUCGGAACCUCGGGGGUUACAAUAAAUGGUCGGACAAGUUUACAGGCCCCUUCGAGGUCGCCGCGGCUGUAGGAAAUAGGGCUUAUAGGUUGAAUCUUCCGGCAGAAUGGAAGGUUCAUGACGUAUUCCACGAGAUGUUGUUGCGACCUUAUCGAGAGGAUCCCAACCCUGGCAGGCAACAGAAUACACGAAAACGACUCGCAACACCCGAUCCUCAAGAAGCGCUCUUAGAUGAGAACUUCAAACCAACCACGAAUAUUCGGCCCCAUACACGGAGCCAAGGGCCAGUCAUCGACUCGAGUCGGCCCCCGAAACGACAGCGGACUAGGGAAGACUAG